AUGACGAACGUCAUUAUUCCACGUCAGAUCAGCUUGCAUUCUAAUGGAGGUCUCACUAGAGUAAGCAACAACAACGUCAUCAUCAUUAUUGACAACAACAACAACAACAACAACAACAACAACAACAACAACACCAACAACAACAACAACAACGACCAACAACAGCAAUUUAUAUUCGCGCCAUUGCAAUCAUUUCAAAUUUUAUAUUUCCUUGAACCCAAUUUAACGCCAGCCAACAACAACAACAACAACAACAUCAACAACAACAUCAACAGCAACAGAACAAAAACGGAAAUUGCUAAUCUUUACGGAUCGUUUCAGCCGGAAGUGGAUGAUGCUUGCUGUUGUGAAACGGAAGUAAAUAAUGAUAAGGAUCGUGACGACGAUAAGUAUAGUGAUGAUAGAAAAAAUUGCGGGUCAAAGAGUUCAACAAAACAAACAUUUUUAUCACCCUCGCCAUCGUCAUCGUCGCCAUCAUUUUCUAAAAAUAGCCUGCGACAUGUCUGGCAUAAGUGGUUCGACAUUUACUUUCGGAAGUUUCCUCACGGGUGGACACUGGUGCCCUUACCCCUUCAAAUCAUCACUGACCCAUCCUUCGUGGUUCUCAAGGAUAGCGCCAAAGUCAGAUUCCUGUGUCAGUGCUGCGCAAAUGCUUGGACCUCGAUGAAGGGUUGCGUCGUAUUCUGGGCCAGAUUGGAUCUAGCGAGUGGGAAAGGAAUUAUUUUCUUUCGCUUCUUCGGCCAGCAGUGUAAGAAGUGUGGGGUAGAGCAGUUCCAGAGGGCCCUGUGGUACCCGGAAGAAGUUGAAAAGGUAGUAAAAAAUCUUUCCCAGAAAACGGCCACAAUAUUUUACGGACAACCCAGGGCUCAGAUGGACGGCUGUCGGAGGCAGGGCAAGCCCCGAACGCCCCAUAACACCAAGUUAUGUCAGGCUUGCUUCAACAACGUCUGCACACUAAAACCUUGA